CUUCGGCUUCUUUAUCGAUUUGCUUUCCUUUCAAGUCAUUUACCCUGUUCACGAUCUUCUGCAACAGAAAACUUGUACAUAUUCAUCUUCCCAGCCACACGAGCACUUAAUUGCCGCUUGUGUCUACAGAACGGAAAGCGUCCUACGCUGCUUGUACCUCAGCCUCAAAAUCCGUACGAACCAUACGAACCAUACGGCGAGACGAACGACCCGAGCAACCAACGCAACAACCCUACCCUCAGCUUGCGUCCCGGUCUGCGAGCCACUCUGCGUGCUGCGGCAUACAAUGCUUGGAGAUACAUAAAAACAAUCCAAGAACCACACUCCAGGGACAUAUACGUAUCAGCCAACAUGCCGCGAGACGCGGAGAACCAGGCGCACAAGCCGAACGGCCCUCCGUCCUGGGCCUCUAUACCAAAUAAAUUCCAGAUCUUCCUACUAUUUUCUGUACGGUUCGUCGACUUCUUCCAGCAAGCCGCGCUGCAAGCGUACAUGUUCUACCAGUUAAAAUCGUUCAAACCCAACGCACCGGAUAGCGAGAUAUCCUUCGAGGCCGGAGUUCUUCAGGGCGUCUUUACCCUGGCGCAGGUGUUCACGGGAAUACUUUGGGGAAGAGUUGCAGACUCGCCAGCAUUUGGGAGAAAGAGGGUGUUGCUCUUUGGCUUGGUCGGACAAGGAAUCAGCUGCAUAGGCGUAGGAUUUUCAAGAAGUUUCGGUGCAGCAGCUGUAUGGCGAUGUCUGGGCGGUGCGGUCAAUGCCACGGUCGGCGGAGCGAGAACAUCACUCGCAGAGUGUACCGAGAAGAGAUACCACUCGCGGACAUUCUUGAUUCUGCCGCUGGCAUGGAACGUGGCCAACAUAUUUGGUCCGCUCUUUGGCGGCCUCCUGUCAGAGCCAGUCUACAACUAUCCAGGCCUGUUCGGCGAGAACUCGACGUUUGGUGGUGCAGACGGGGUGUCAUGGCUGAGCAAAUAUCCCUACGCGGCGCCGAAUAUGUUCUGCACGUUCGUCUUGUUCGCGGACGCCCUGCUCAUCUACCUGGGGCUCCGGGAGACGCUCGCAGCGAAGCGAUACUCGCGAGACCGGGGCCUCGAGCUGGCCGAGACCCUCAGAUACCGCAUCAACAGGCUGAUCUUCCGGCGGUUUGGGUACAGCCAGCUCGGGCAGAUCGACACGCCCGGAGGACCGGACACGAUGGACGACGAGCACAUGCCCUCGAGCACGCCACUCACGACGCUUCCGCCCAAGGAAGACUUCGACAACAGCGACCCAGGGGCUUCGAAGCGACCACCUCGUCCCACGGAGCCCCUCAGGGCCGCACCACCUUUCUACCACGCGCUCACACCGAACGUGCUCAUGGUCCUUGCGACCGUGGCGGUCAUGGACUUCCAGAUGGGCGGCUUUGCUCAGUUGUGGACCGUCUUCCUGUCCUCGGCUCGUCGCACCGACGAAGAGCGAGCAACAGUGCGCCUUCCAUUCUACUUCACCGGCGGCCUGCAAUUCUCGCUGCCCACAAUCGGCCUGGCCAUGUCCAUUCUCGGCUUCGUGGGCAUCGUCCUGCAGCUGACCCUGUACCCGUCCAUCAACGCGCGCUUCGGCCUGCUCAGGUCGUUCCGCUGGUCCCUCCUGGUCUUCCCCAUGGCCUACGCCCUGGCCCCGUACUUGUCGCUCCUGAUCAACAACACCGUCAUGCUGUGGUUCGCGAUCGUCAUCGUCGUCGUCCUGCAGGUUGCGGCGCGCACGUUCGCCAUCCCCGGCUCCGUGCUGCUGAUCAACAAUUCGAGCCCCGGCCCGCAGUUGCUGGGUACGAUUCACGGCAUGGGUGCCGCGACGUCGAGCGCGUUCAGGACCAUUGGGCCGAUUGUUGCAGGUCAUUGGUAUGGCCAAGGGCUGGAGAAGGGCGUCGUGGGCUGGGCGUGGUGGUGGUUGGCAUUGGUCAGCCUUUUUGGAGUGGUGCCGAGUCUGUGGGCGCGCGAUGGGAAAUGAUCCAAGCCCACUGCUUUUUGGUCGUUGUUUCUACUUGUGCGUAGUCGAUGAGGGUGGGAGGUUCCCAUGAGCGAACUACGUAUCUCGGGAGUGGACAGGAUCUAAUGCCUUGAGUACAUAAGCGAUUGCAUGUAAAUCAAAUACCGAGAUAGGGAGACGUUAAUAUCUGCGCAGAUCCUACAUAAG